AUGUCAAUGCCUCAUGAUGUGCACAAAUCCUCAGGGCACAGUCGUGGUGCCAAACCAGGUCAACUCUGGCUCAAGCUUGGGCGGCGCAUAUACCACCCACUCGGUUUCAAGAAGGGCUAUAAUUUUAUACUCUUCGUCAUACUCGUCGGGGCUCUCAUGGGGUUCGUACUCGCUCGGUUCCAAUACUUGAAUAUUGAUGGCAUCUUUUUGAAGUCGGGAUACAAGCGCAUUGGGAUUAUCCUUCAUCUGGGCUGCAUCCUUCCAGCAGGCUUCUUAGUCUGUUUCCAGUUCGUACCAGCGAUCAGGCACAAAUUGCUGCUCUUCCACAGACUGAAUGGCUACACCAUUAUUCUCUUGUUGCUGACCGGCAACGCGGGCGCAUUCAUAGUCACUCCCAUCGCUGGAGGAGGAUCACCGUCCACUCAAGCCGGCAUUGGCCUUCUGGGAACAAUGACCACGGUCUCAGUGAUGCUGGCAUACGUCAAUAUCAAACGUCUGCAGAUCGACCAACACCGUGCAUGGAUGAUCCGUACCUGGGUGUAUGCGGGUAGCAUCAUCUCGGUGCGUCUGGUUCAGAUGGCCGCCAACACGUUCAUCGCGCAGCAUCAACAGGGCCAUUGGUAUGAUGUACAGACCUGUGGGGACAUAUGGAAGCAAUAUACCCUGUAUGGAGCCCCUGCUGGAGCGGGAAACCCAACACCAUACCUAUACCCCGAGUGCACGGCGCCGAACUCGAGCGUACCAGUGGUCAUCAAGGCAAAUGUGGACGGUGCAGGCCCCGAGUUUGCUACAGCUUCGUUCCACCUGACGUUUGGCAUGUCUGUGUGGAUAUGUCUAGCUACCCAUGCCAUCGGUGUCGAGACAUAUCUGAAGCUGACACCCGCAGAGAGUGAGAGGUUAAGGCUUGUCAGUCACGAGAGGCAGGUCGAGGCUGGAUUCAAGCAUCCCGGUCGUGCAGGUUUGACCGUCGACAGGUUUGGUGAUGUUGUGUCACGGGAUUCCACCGUUCAAGCUAAAGGCAGCCAGAGCUCGAACGAGUGA